AAUUUAUUUUUGUAUUUUUAUGUGCGUCUUGAAAAAAUUUUUUUGGGGAUUAUUAAUUUGCUGUUUUUUAAUAAAUUAUGAUAUUUAGAUCAUACAUCUUGGCGUUUCUGUUCAUUUAUGCUCUUGCACAAAACCCUAACUGUGACUACAGCCAAAAUGUUCAAGUGGGGUCAACGUACUACGUGUACAGUCCUAAUUAUCCCAACAAGUACCCUGCCGGGGUUCAGUGUCGUUGGAUUGCAACAUGUCCUACGGGAUACAACUGCCGACUCGAUUGCCAGCUUAAUAUUCCGCAGUCCAGCGGCUGUACAAUGGAUCGACUGCUCAUAUCAAAGAACGGAGAUCCCCAACUGGCUGGAGCAGAGCCCUACUGUGGCAGCGGUACUCUUACUGCCAUUUCAACUGGCCAAAAAAUUAGUAUUGGUUUGAUUACAUCUUACUACAGCAGUGGAGGUACAUUUUUGUGUACAUUAACAGCUCAACGAAGUUCCACUCCAAAUACAUGCUCCUGUGGGAUAAGAAAGAUGCGGCGUAUUGUUGGUGGCACAGACGCCAGCCCCAAUGAGUUCCCCAUGAUGGCAGGUCUGGUGGAGUACGAAGGACAGGCCUCAAUUAUUUGUGGAGGAGUUAUUAUAUCCAACCGCUAUGUACUUACUGCAGCCCAUUGUCUGCUGGACAGGAACUAUAAUAAUUUGGCAAUUAUUGUUGGCGAACAUGAUACAAGCACUGGGGCUGAGACUCCGGGCACAAGGGCGUAUCGAUUAUCACAAUUCCUGCCUCACCCAAUGUUUAACAAGAAUACAUAUGACUACGAUAUCGCCAUUUUGAAGACAGCACAACAGAUGGAGUUUAACGAAUACGUGAGUGCGGCGUGUCUACCAUUUAAGUUCGCUAAUUAUGAUUUUGCCAACCAGAAAGUCAUCAUUUUGGGCUGGGGCACGCUUUUCAUCGGUGGUCCUCGACCAAACGUGCUGCAGAAAGUCGAAGUGAACGUGAUAAGCCAGCCAUCUUGCCAGCGAAGUGUCCGUACGCUCACAUCCAGGCAGAUGUGUACGUUCACACCGGGGAAGGACGCCUGUCAGUACGACUCCGGCGGUCCGCUGUUGUAUACUGACCCGCAAACAGGUUUGCUGUUUAGUACAGGCCUCGUCAGUUUCGGCCAAUCCUGUGCAUCUGCAGAUCAGCCGGGAGUCAACACACGAAUCACCAAUUUACUAAACUGGAUAGUGAGAAGUGCCCCUGCUGACUACUGUGUGAAAUAAAAAUUAAUAUGAUUUAUAA